GAAAUCACCAAGAGUCAAGUCCUGCUGCGAUCAUGUCGCGUAUACGAGUGUCGUAAUCGUUUGUACAAGCGACUCGACCAAUCAGCGUUGCUUUUUUACCGCUUUUUUUCUUUUUUUCUUUUGGAGCUCUGCUUUUUUAACGGACGAAACGACAUUAAAUCAGCUUUUAUGUACAAAGUGUUUUAUUCAAAAAAUUAACACAGUGUUAUUAAUGAUGAAAUUAAGUCUUGGACAAUUUUUUCCCAGUAAUUAUUAGUGCAAUUACAUCGAAAUUUGGAAAGAGUAACUUUGACUUUGACAAUCACAACAAUGAGUCAAAUAAACUCGUGUUUCAUUGAAACAAAAAUAGUGAGUUCGGAGCCAGUAAAAAUACUUGGAAUAAUGUAAAUGUAGCUUGAUUUGUAUCGGUAAAUAAGAAGUUCUUGUUAACUUUCAAUAAAACAUGAACUGAUAUAAUAAGUGGAUUGUUUCUUUGAAGCAAUCAAUGGUGAAAUACGUAAGAUAAAGUUGGAAAAAUCUAUAAAGAAUUAAGGAUCAAAUUAAGCAGAACGCCAUGCGAACAAGUAUGCGUACUGAGCAGUGGCUCUCACCAAAAAUAACAGAUAAGGAGGAGAAAAGGACAACUGGACUUGGUGCUGGAGCCCUUUAUUUUAUCCGUAAUCGUGGAAGUAUGCGGCGACAAUUAACGCGUGAUUCUUCUAAUCAAACUAAAAGAUCAGAAGAGUAUACAUCAACUUCAUCCUCUUCAAUAAUCGACACGAUGGGAGGAAGUAGUAAAUUUGGAAAAUGGCUUCGUGAACAUCUAAAAGGUUCUAAAAGCUGCAGUCACGAUAUUGAUAACUCACUAGAUAUUUUAAAGUCGCGUGCAGGCCUAAGUGAGUCUUAUAGUUCAACAUUAAGUGAGAGUGAAAAAGUGUUAUCACGAACGAUAUGUACAUCACAGAAUGUUUACUGCAGUCUUCCCCGUGAGCAUCGACGAUAUUCUCAUGACACCGGAAAAACUAAUGAGUCAUCUCGAGAAAGAUUACGAUCGGGGAGUUGUCGUCUGCGGGAAAAAGUAUUUUCAUCUGGAGAUGUAACUGCUAUUACUCGGGAAGAAUCGAUUUAUGGAACUGAAGUAAAAAGUUUACGGCGCAAGAAUCGAGAGAGAAGAAGAUACUCAAUGAAUGAGAUGAGAGAAUAUCGCAAUCAUCGUCGAAAAAG